AUGGGUUCAAGCCGGCUAGAUCGCUUAGUCACCCUUCUAGAGACAGGGAGCACACAGGUCAUCAGGAACACAGCGGCCCAACAGCUAGCAGAUGUGCAGAAGCAGCACCCAGAUGAGCUGUUUAAUCUUCUAGGGCGUAUACUUCCGUAUCUUCGGUCAAAGUCAUGGGAUACCCGGACAGCUGCGGCCAAGGCCAUUGGUGGCAUUGUCUCCUUUGCAGAGAAGCUGGACCCCAAUGCCGAUGAUGAUGAUGAUGAUAAUGAUACAAUUACUACCAAGGCCGAGGCUAAAGAUGAGGCCGAAAAGGAAAACGACGGAGCAUCGGAAGAGCUGCUGGAUCUCGAGACCCUGGACAUAGUCUCCGUUCUUAAACAUGGCCACAAGCUGCUCGGAAGUGGUGGGAAAGAAUAUGAAUAUGCCGUUGCUGGCUUAGACCCUAUUUCUAGGUUACAGCAACAAAAAAAGACGCUGAGAGGGCGGUUGGGCCUUGCUGGCGAUUACCCCCAAGAAAAUCUCAUCCAUGAUACCGAAAUGUCCAAUGGUUCUCAACAGAGGAAGCCAAGCCAGAUACAGAUGCCCCCCCCUCCACUGGACACUUCUGUCGGCGGCCUUGCUCGGUCACAGCAUCCAUUUAACCGCGACUCUCCACUAGAGGAGGCUCCUCCCUCAGCUAAUGGCGAUGAUCACGGCCUAAGCAAACGACAGCUUAACCAGCUGAAACGGAAGAACAAACAGACAGCGAAGCUCGGUGCCAAUAAGAUACGUAUCGUUGAUCUAGCAGUUCGAAAGGGGUCUGAAGCUGGGUCUACACCAACUGAAGUAUCUACUCCUCACCCGGUCAAGAAGGAAAAUGAAGAUGACGAACAUGACACCAAGGAUGAUUACUUUUCCAUCAAGAGAGAAGGCCCAGAUGAUGACUCAAAACUUGUAAAGGAGUUUAAGGGUACCGUGGUCCCCGAGAAGCCAUUUAUUCAGAGCAGCUCUUCAGAUGGACAAGACAUUGAAUGGCCGUACGAGCGGAUGUGUGAGAUCUUAAUGGUGGAUCUAUUUGACCAGAAUUGGGACAUCCGUCACGGGGCGGCCAUGGGCCUGAGAGAAGUUAUUCGUGUCCAGGGUCAUGGUGCCGGCAGGCAGUAUGGCAAGACACGAAUGGAGAAUGAUGCGUUAAAUCAUCGUUGGCUGGGCGACCUUGCCUGCCGUUUACUCUGCGUCUUCAUGCUAGACAGAUUUGGUGACUACAUUUCAGACAAUGUCGUAGCACCCAUCCGAGAAACUGUAGGACAGACGAUGGGUGCUCUGUUGUCUCACCUGCCAGACACCUCUGUCACUCGCGUCUAUCAUAUUCUUCAUAGGAUGGUAAUGCAAAAUGAUCUGGACCUUGACAAACCUAUCUGGGAAGUCUGCCAUGGCGGUAUGAUUGGCUUAAAGUACCUUGUCGCCGUCCGCACUGAUAUUCUUAUGAAAGAACCCAAUGUAUUGGAUGGAGUGAUUGAGGCAGUAAUGAGGGGACUGGAUAACUACGACGACGACGUCCGUGCCGUUAGCGCGGCAACUUUGAUACCCAUUGCGGACGAUUUUGUUAAACUUCGUGGCGGUUCUUUAGGCGCUUUGAUAGAGGUGGUGUGGAACUGUCUAUCAAACUUACAGGACGAUCUUAGCGCCAGUACGGGGUCGGUUAUGGACCUCCUUGCGAAGCUUUGUACGUUCCCUCAAGUUCUGGAGGCCAUGAAACAGAAUGCCGUACACGACUCCAACUCCUCCUUUGGAAACUUGGUUCCUAGGCUAUUCCCGUUUUUGCGUCACACUAUCUCCAGUGUUCGAUCGGCAGUGCUGAGAGCAUUACUGACAUUCCUUGAACUGGAUACCGAUGGCCAAAACACCUGGGUUGACGGCAAGUCGCUUCGACUCAUAUUCCAGAAUUUGCUUGUUGAACGCAAUGAGGCGGUACUUAAGUUGUCGCUACAAGUAUGGUGCGAGAUGCUUAAGGUGGCCGAAAAUCAUAGAUUGAUGGACGGCAACCAGCUAGUUGGAUCGUUACAGCCUCUUAUAACGGCAACCAUGAAUCCAUUUGGUGUUCCACGAUACCCAAUCCCGAUGGAUGCCUGCUUGUUCAUCCGUCCCUCUGGGUUACCUUACACUUCCGCCCCUGUAGGCCCUAGACGUCAAUCACCGAAUACUCAAGUUGAUCCUCAGCCCCCUGCCCGUGGCCGACGACGCAAAGUUGAAAAGCAGGAGCCACCACCUGUCAACUCACACAACGUUGACGGCCACAUGCUGCAGGGAGAUAUUGAUCUGGUCGGCCUGGACACGAUGAUAAGAUCAAAGAUAUAUGCAGCUUCCGCUCUCGGCCGGUUUUUGAAAAUAUGGCAGGUUGUGAACGGUUCAGAUCUAUGGCAAGGAAUAUUGCCUUGCCUCAACUGGCCUGGAUCCUCGUCUCAAUUGGCUGCAGCCAUGGUGAUAGAGGAAUACGCAAAGAAUCGAGAUCUAAAUUCUCCAUGCCCCCCAGUCCUGUCCCAGUGGCUGAAUCCGUUACUCGAAAACGAGCGACCACUAUGGUACAGUGAUAUUGCGUGUUACUUGCAAAUUUCCAGAUCACAAUGCCAUUCUCUUCUUAAUACCUUUCGAGAUCAUGCGCAUGUAUCGCCUUCCAAACUACCUACUCUAGCUGUCGUCGUCCAAGGAGAGCCAGAAGCAGGACCCAACGCCUUUUCAAUUCGAGACGCUGAAAAAGUUCUCGGAUCUGACUUUGAACGCCUUAAAAGGGAACUGACUCCUACUCAGAGGCUGACAGCACUGCAAGUACUUAAUGACUCGCGCCAAACUGCCCAAGCUACGGUUGAAGAGGCGAAGGAAAUCAAAGAACAACGAGACAUGCGCAUCAGAGCGGUAAUUGCUAGCUCGCUUGUUUCUCUCCAGAACAUCCCCAAGAAACCAAGCUACCUUAUCAAAGCCAUAAUGGAUAGCAUUAAAAAAGAAGAAAAUGCAGAACUGCAGAAGAGAUCAGCUACUGCCAUCUCCUCCUUAGUAGAGUAUUACACCAGUGCCGCGAAGCGUGGUCCUGUCGAUAAGAUUAUCGGCAACCUCGUCAAGUUCUGCUGUGUUGACACUACGGAGACCCCAGAGUUUCAUCAUAAUGCCCAUUUAGAAAAGGCCGUGCUAUCUCUGCGCAAGGAGGAAGAUAAACGAGACCCGGUUGAUACCGUUAAGUUUGAGAAGGAAUCAAAAGAGGCGAAAGUUAUGCGUCGUGGUGCCAAGGAGGCAUUGGAACAGUUGGCUGGGAAGUUUGGAGCUCAAUUGUUUGAUAAGGUUCCAAAUAUAGCCAGCUUGAUACAGAAUCCUGUUCGAGAAGCUUUAGCUGGUGAUCUACCUGCCGAUAUCAGAGACCCAUCGAGUACGCUUGGCCAGGAAACCGUCGACGGCUUGUCAACUCUACGAGCCUUAGUUCCCAAGUUCGACCCCGGACUAUACCCGUGGAUCAUCCAACUUAUGCCCAUCAUUGCGAAGUCACUCCAAAGUGAACUUUCUGUCAUUCGGUAUGCUGCUGCUAAGUGUUUUGCUACACUAUGCAGUGUUAUCCCCGUUGAUGGCAUGACAAUGCUUGUUGAGAAGGUAUUGCCUACUAUCAACAAUGCGCUAGACGUCCACCACAGACAAGGAGCUAUCGAAUGUAUCUACCAUCUGAUCCAUGUCAUGGAGGACCAGAUCCUCCCUUAUGUGAUUUUCUUGAUUGUCCCUGUACUUGGGCGCAUGAGCGAUUCAGACAAUGAUGUGAGACUUUUGGCAACCACAGCUUUCGCAACCUUGGUUAAACUCGUUCCACUCGAAGCUGGAAUUCCGGACCCACCAGGUCUCUCUGAAGACUUACUUAAAGGCAGAGAUCGUGAAAGACAGUUCAUGGCUCAGAUGCUGGAUGUACGGAAGGUUGAACCGUUCCAAAUCCCAGUUGGUAUCAAGGCUGAACUUCGUUCCUACCAGCAGGAAGGUGUCAACUGGCUUGCCUUCUUGAACCGUUACAACCUCCACGGCAUCCUUUGCGACGACAUGGGCCUCGGAAAGACUCUACAGACUCUUUGCAUUGUUGCUAGUGAUCAUCAUCUACGCGCUGAAGAAUUUGCUAAAACAGGGGCUCCAGAGGUUCGUCGACUACCAUCUUUGAUUAUCUGCCCUCCCAGUGUUUCUGGUCACUGGCAACAAGAGAUAAAACAAUACGCCCCGUUCAUUUCAUGCGUUGCUUAUAUGGGACCACCAGCUGAGCGAGCAAAGGUUCGACCACUUCUAGACACGGUGGAUAUUGUGAUCACCUCCUACGACAUCUGCAGAAAUGAUAGCGAUGUCCUUACCAGCAUCUCAUGGAAUUAUUGUGUUCUUGAUGAAGGCCAUCUGAUCAAGAACCCGAAGGCCAAAAUUACACUAGCAGUUAAGAGUAUCGUCAGCAACCAUCGCUUGAUCCUGUCCGGAACACCAAUUCAGAACAACGUCCUGGAAUUAUGGUCCCUUUUUGAUUUCCUGAUGCCAGGUUUCCUCGGAACAGAAAAAAUAUUCCUUGAACGGUUCGCAAAGCCAAUUGCUGCUAGUAGGUUCAGCAAAUCGUCUUCCAAGGAACAGGAAGCGGGUGCAUUGGCAAUUGAGGCCUUGCAUAAACAAGUUCUUCCCUUCUUACUGCGUCGUUUGAAGGAAGAGGUCUUGAAUGAUCUUCCUCCAAAGAUUUUGCAGAAUUAUUACUGUGACCUCAGCGAUCUCCAACGGAAACUAUUCGAAGAUUUCACCCAGAAAGAACAGAAAGAUAUUGCCAAUAAGGUGGGCAGCAGCGAUAAGGAAGCUAAGGAACACAUCUUCCAAGCAUUGCAGUACAUGAGGCGGCUUUGCAACUCUCCAGCACUGGUGAUGAAGGAGGGACAUAAACAGUACCACCAAGUCCAGAAGCUUCUUGCCUCGAAGAACUCAAACAUUCGAGAUAUUGCCCAUGCUCCAAAACUUAGCGCACUCCGCGACUUACUUAUUGACUGUGGUAUUGGUGUUGAUCCCUCAGCUGAAGGAGAGCUAGCCACCGGUGCAAGCUACGUCAGCCCGCAUCGUGCCUUGAUCUUCUGUCAAAUGAAGGAGAUGCUUGAUAUUGUGCAAAACGACGUCCUUAGAAAGCUGCUACCCUCCGUCCAGUUCCUUCGUCUUGACGGAAGCGUAGAAGCAACCAAGCGGCAGAAUAUCGUCAAUCAGUUCAAUACCGAUCCCAGUUAUGAUGUUCUUCUCCUUACUACGAGUGUUGGAGGUCUCGGACUAAACUUGACCGGUGCCGAUACCGUCAUUUUCGUUGAGCAUGACUGGAAUCCCCAAAAGGAUAUCCAGGCCAUGGACCGUGCCCACAGAAUUGGCCAAAAGAAGGUCGUCAAUGUCUAUCGGUUGAUUACCCGCGGCACUCUUGAAGAAAAGAUUCUAAAUCUGCAACGCUUCAAGAUUGACGUGGCUUCGACUGUCGUCAAUCAACAAAACGCGGGACUAAGCACCAUGGAUACUGACCAACUUCUCGACCUCUUCAACCUAGGUGAAACUGCCGACUCGGCCGAAAAACCAACCCAGGAUGGAACCGGCAAUGAAAUUGACAUGGUCGACAUUGAUGGCGAAGUCAAAGAAAAGGGAAAGAAGGGCUGGCUCGAUGAUCUAGGUGAGCUAUGGGAUGACCGCCAAUACGAGGAAGAAUACAGCCUCGACUCUUUCCUGGCGUCUAUGAAACGUUAA